UCUAUUUAAUCGGCUCUUCGGGUGUGCUCGGCUCUUUCCGUCUCCAUCAUCAUUCUCCCCGCGUCCGUGGCGGCUGAAACUCUGCGCUCGUGGUCGCACGGAGCCGCAAAGGAACCGGAGCGACAGAAGAAUCCCCCCGUCUUUCCCCUCCUUUCCACCGCGCUGUCCUCUCUCAUCUCUACAGGAGACGCGUCUGUCUCUCUUUUUUUUCACCUCCCUUCAAAUCGUCUUUUCUUUCCUUUUUUUUCUUUGUAUUUAUUUUAAGCAUGAAUCGACUCAGCGGCAGCAGCGCGAGCGCAGUUUUGUGAACGUGCACGACGGAGGGAAAGAGAAAUUGUUAUUAAAAAAAAAAACAGAGGAUGAUGAGGAAUUUGUCGGGUUUCCUGUUUGUACCCGCGUUAUGGGGACUCGCAUUCGGGGGAUCACCGAGCGUCCAAAUCGGGGGCCUGUUUCCGCGCGGUGCGGAUCAGGAGUACAGCGCAUUUCGGGUCGGGAUGGUGCAGUUCGGCACGGCCGAGUUCCGCCUCACUCCGCACAUCGACAACCUGGAGGUGGCCAACAGCUUCGCCAUCACCAACUGCUUUUGUUCGCAGUUUUCCCGGGGCGUCUACGCCAUCUUCGGCUUCUACGAUAAGAAGUCCGUGAACACCAUCACAUCGUUCUGCGAGACGCUGCACGUGUCAUUCAUCACGCCGAGUUUCCCCGCUGACGGCUUCAACCAGUUUGUGCUACAGAUGAGACCCGACAUCCGAGGCCCUCUGAUCAGCCUGGUCGAGUAUUACAAGUGGGAGAAGUUUGCAUAUCUGUACGACAGUGAUAGAGGCUUGUCCACUUUGCAGGCCGUCCUGGACACGGCGGCCGAGAAGAAAUGGCAGGUGACGGCUAUCAACGUGGGCAACCUGAAGGACGAGAGGAAAGACGAGGCUUACCGCUCACUCUUUCAGGAUCUGGAGAACAAAAAAGAGAGGAGAGUGAUCCUGGACUGCGAGCAAGACAAGGUCAAAGACAUCAUGGAGCAGGUCAUCACAAUUGGUCGGCAUGUCAAAGGAUAUCAUUACAUCAUCGCUAAUUUUGGCUUUUUGGAUGGAGAUUUGUCAAAGAUUCAGUAUGGAGGUGCAAACGUGUCCGGUUUCCAGAUCGUAGAUUUCGACGACCCUCUCGUUGCUAAGUUCGACCAGCGCUGGGAGGCUUUGGAGGAGAAAGAGUACCCAGGGGCAGACAGCAAAAUUCGAUACACUUCUGCUUUGACGUAUGAUGCGGUUCAGGUGAUGACCGAGGCUUUUCGCUUCCUGCACAAGCAAAGGAUCGACAUCAGUCGCCGUGGCAACAAUGGCGACUGCCUGGCCAAUCCGGCUGUACCGUGGGCUCAGGGGGUGGAAAUAGAACGCGCUCUGAAACAGGUGCGUGUGGACGGACUGACGGGAAACAUCCAGUUUGACCAAUACGGCAAGAGAGUGAACUUCUCAGUCAACAUCAUGGAGCUGAAAAACAGCGGGCCGGUAAAGAUUGGCUAUUGGAAAGAGCUGGACAAAAUGGUGGUCACCAAAUUUGACCUUUUCCCCAACGACACCUUCGGGAUGGAGAACAAGACGGUUAUCGUGACGACCAUUCUGGAGGCGCCGUAUGUGAUGCUAAAGAAGAAUGCAGAGUUGUUCACGGAUAACGAGCGCUAUGAGGGAUACUGUGUGGACCUGGCAGCCGAGAUCGCAAAGCAUUGUGGGUUUAAGUAUCAGCUGAAGAUCGUGGGAGACGGGAAGUACGGUGCUAGAGAUGCAGAUACCAAGAUCUGGAACGGCAUGGUUGGCGAAUUGGUGUACGGGAAAGCAGACAUAGCUGUGGCGCCUCUGACGAUCACGCUGGUCCGUGAAGAAGUGAUCGACUUCUCCAAGCCGUUCAUGAGCCUGGGCAUCUCCAUCAUGAUCAAGAAGCCGCAGAAAUCCAAGCCAGGCGUCUUCUCCUUCCUGGACCCACUUGCCUACGAGAUCUGGAUGUGCAUAGUGUUUGCCUACAUUGGUGUCAGCGUCGUGCUCUUCCUCGUUAGCCGCUUUAGCCCGUACGAGUGGCACACCGAGGAGUUUGAGGACGGCCAGCUCGGCCCCAGCGAGUCCAAUAACGAAUUUGGGAUCUUUAAUAGUCUGUGGUUUUCUCUGGGCGCUUUUAUGCAGCAGGGAUGCGAUAUUUCGCCAAGGUCACUAUCUGGGCGUAUAGUUGGUGGUGUGUGGUGGUUCUUCACUCUUAUCAUCAUCUCGUCUUACACGGCCAACCUGGCUGCUUUUCUCACUGUGGAGAGGAUGGUGUCCCCCAUUGAGAGCGCCGAGGACCUCGCCAAGCAGACGGAAAUCGCCUACGGAACCCUCGAUGCUGGUUCGACCAAAGAGUUCUUUAAGAGAUCAAAGAUCGCCCUGUUCGAGAAGAUGUGGCAGUACAUGAAAAGCGCCGAGCCGUCCGUGUUUGUGAAGAACACGGUGGAAGGUGUGCUGCGUGUGCGCAAGUCCAAGGGCAAAUACGCCUACCUGCUGGAGUCCACCAUGAACGAGUACAUCGAGCAGCGCAAGCCGUGCGACACCAUGAAGGUCGGAGGAAAUCUCGACUCCAAGGGCUACGGCAUCGCCACACCCAAAGGAUCUGCUUUAAGAACACCAGUAAACCUUGCAGUAUUGAAACUCAGUGAGCAAGGCGUCUUAGACAAGAUGAAAAACAAAUGGUGGUACGAUAAAGGGGAAUGUGGAGCCAAGGACUCGGGAAGUAAGGAGAAGACAAGCGCUCUGAGCUUGAGCAACGUGGCGGGGGUCUUCUACAUUCUGGUGGGCGGCCUCGGCCUGGCCAUGUUGGUGGCGCUGGUGGAGUUCUGCUACAAGUCGCGUGCCGAGGCCAAGCGCAUGAAGAUGACGUUCACCGAGGCCAUGCGCACUAAGGCCAGGCUGUCUGUAACUGGCAGUAUUGGGGAGAACGGGAGAGUGCUGACUCCAGAUUUCUCUAAAGCCGUGCACGCUGUGCCAUACAUGAGACCAGGCAUGGCAAUGCCUCUUAACGUGAGCGAGCUGUCCUGAGUGCCUUACACACUUUACACACACACACACUCACACACACACACACUCACACACACACACACACACACAUGGAUGUUGUUCAGAUAUUCUUUUUUCUCGCAUCCUCAAAGCAUACAUUAACUUUCACUUGAUUUCAUACAUUAACUUUCACUUGAUUGGCAACUAAUGACUAAGAAUCACACUGAUAUCCUACACGUUUUAGUGUGUAUACCAUAUUUUCUGGACUAUGUGACAUUAUUUUUUUUUUUAAACCCAGACAGCGAUUUAAAAUUAUUCGAAUCCUCAUCGAGCAACGUGUCCGUGGUUAUAAAAAGUACAAGCGACGUUUUAAAGAUGAGUUCAUUAUAAAAAAAAAAGGCAGAAAAUAAAGCAAAAUGAAACAUCUUCAAGCCAGAGUCAGUUUUCAGGGGCAGGUAUAAUCCUUGAAUUGAAUUAAUCCAGUUACUCAGCUCUCUAAAAUUGACUUCUAAUGAACAUUUUAUGCUUAAAACCACAUGAACCAAAAGUCCAUCUGUAAAGACGGAAAACCCAGAAAACUUGAGUGGAAUCGACUCUUUGAAUUGAAGCAACCCAUUUCAGCAAAGACUCUUCUGUAAUUUACACCACUUACGUAAAAAAAAAAAAAAUACAAUACAAUAAUAAUAACAAAUAAUGCGGUAACUCUUUUAGACCUGCAAUUCUUCCUGUGUGGCCAAAUGCUAGAUGACUCAUCAUGGUUUCCAACUUGAAAAAGAUUAUCUAGAUACACUUUAUGAACAAAGAUUUAUGGACACCUGACCACAAGAUUGGUAUGUGUUUCUCUUUGAAUGUCCCAUUCCACAUUUAGGGUCCAUUUACUGUUCUUCAGAAGCUUCACUCUUCUGGAAGAUGUUCCAUGAGACUUUGUGGAUAUUUGUCUGAGAUUCAUUCAUCCACUAGGGUGUUAGUAAAGUCAGGGACUGAUGUCCUAUAAAACUGUGCGUCUCAAACUUUGAGGUAUCAGUUUAAGGUAGAAGCACAGAUGAAAAAGUCGGGUGUGACCAUAGAGCAUGUAUGUUUAGAGUUUUAUCUGCAUUUUCUCCGCUGAAGUGAUUUUUUACCCUUGAAACUCAUCGACUAGUUUUAAAAGUGUGACAUCCAGAAUAAAGAAUGGAUCUGUAGAUAGUAUUUGUUAGUGAUUGUGGCCGUGUGCAGGUUCAUUAAUGACGUUAAAUUGGUGCUCCUUCUUUAGAAAUGAACUCGAAGUGAUGAUACAUUUUAGCGUUAAACGGCUGCUGGGAUUUUUUAGCCUGACUGAGGGGUUAAGAUCGGAAACUACAGAAUUACAGCAACACUAACAGGAUGAUGACAUGAUUACAUUACAUUGAAAACAAAACAUAAAUUCAGUAAUGAAGCAGAGUUUAUAUCCAUUUACGUCUGGAAAAUAUGGUAUAUAUAUUUAUAUAUAAGUGUAUGCACACAUAAACACACACACACACACACACACACACACACACAUUUACAUACAUGUGCACACGAUCCAUUUAUUGCUUUAUACCACAAGCACUUACAAACAGACUCACACACACACACACACACACACACACACACACUUGUACAUACACAUCGUUGAAAAAUGUACAGAUGCAAAACGAGAAGUUGGGUUCACACAUGCACGCCGUCCUUCACACAUGAUUUUUUUGUGCUUUCUCUCUCGUUCUCUCUCUCUUUCUCUCUCUCGUUCUCUCUCUCUUUCUCUCUCUCGUUCUCUCUCUCGUUCUCUCUCACACACAAUUUCUACGGACAAUUUUUUCACCACAAACACAUUUUUUUUUCUUUCUUCUCGCUUCCCGGAUUCCAAGAAACACAAGCACACUCGAAUCAUCUGCAGCUCAACGUGACUUUCUGUUCGGUUCUAACUUGUAACAACAAUAACAAUAACAAUAAUAAUAGCAAAAAUGUUGAAAAAAAAGAAGAAAAAAAGAUUUUUUUAUAUUUUUCAAGGGAAAAAAGAAACCGUGGCGAACGAGCCUGCAUCCAUGUUGUGAAAUAAUGUUACGAAAAUUGUUUUUUUUUUUUUUUCGAAGCCAAACGAGUUCAUUUUCACGUAGGUGCAGUGUUUGAGCAGAAUCGUUUUGUCAUACGAAUUAUUAUAUUGCUGAAAAUAUAUAUUGAUCAUGUAAAUAUCUAUACUUUUGUCCUUUUGAUGUUUGCUGAUGGGGGGGGUGGGGUGGGGGGUAUAUUUUAGUUGCAUUUUCUUUAGAAAAAAAAAUUGUUGAAAUGUGAAAUUGUUGAUUUGUCUUUCGAGAAGAAAUGUUUGUUAUUCGGGGUUUUUUUUUUCUGUUGAACAAGACAAGUGUAGUUUUAUAGUUCUGUCAUUGACAUAAAUAUAAAUAUAUAACAGCCUGACUCUUUUGUAAGGGUCAGUGAUAACAUGAACUGUCAUGUUAUCGUAUUAAUAUUGUAAGCCUAAUUAAUAAUACUCUGGUAGAAUAUUUUUAACGCUCGUAGGAGCUUUAACCAUCCAAACCUCUUCUUAGGGAUUACGGCUGGUUAUGUGGGAUGACCGGAAUGAACUUUUGCGAGCAGGAAGGGUUUAUGGCGCCUUGAGUCUUUUUCAUGUGCAGGAGUCGUUUUUCGAUAAUGUCCCCAAAAAUAUGAACAACACACUAUUUUUAUGUUUCCCUAAAAAAGUCGCAUGUUAAACGAAAGGCGUACUGCCAGAGCGUUUAUUGGGAGACAAUAUAUUGGUCAGCCGUUUUUUUCCCCCAGAAGGCCGCUUUAUGAAAUUUUCCAACACGCCAUUACUCAUUACUCACAUGUCAAUAAACAGUUGAUUUACUUUCUUAAAGCAAAACUCAUUUAUAGUUCCAUACUGCAAAUUAACGAAGCGAUUCUUACCUAAAAUUCACCAUAUGGACAAAAGUUUGUGGAGCUUAAGCUCGGUAUCUGCUUCUUUUUGAACGUCCUAUUUUUGGUACAAUAACUUUCACUUUUCUGGGAAGAUGUUCCAUGAGAUUUUGUAAAGAUUUACGUACAUUCAUGCACAAGAGUCUUAGUUACAGAUGUAGGUGAGGUGAGGUACAGUCAGCAUUCACAUUCAUCCCAAAGGUGUUUAAUAGGGUUUGAGGUCAGAGAUCUUCCACUUCAUCUCAUGUAAAGCAGAUCUUCAAGGAGCUGGUUUUGUCAUGUUGGAACCGGUUUGGCUCUGCUCAUUCAACUCUAGGAAAAGUUUAAUGCUAUCACAUCCAGAGAUAUCUUAUACAUUUGUCUGCCUCUGACUUUGUGGUAACCUUAUAAGAAAAAAACACAUAUGGCUGGAAAAGUCAGGUGUCCUAAUAAUUUUUAGCGUAUAGUUUAUACAGCUACAGAAAUUAUACAGAAAUGAAAGCUAAAAUGACUCAAAGGAUACUGACUUAAUCUCUCAUAUUCAGCAUAAACAACAUUUUCCUUAUUUUUUAACAUUUCUGUUAGAUAAUUUCUUAUAUAACACACCAGGGACUCCUGGGUCACGGCACCACACCGUGGACAGGCUCGAGAAUGGCAGAUAAUCUUUGUUUACUGGUGCACUUGUUGACCAUCAGAGAUAAAUAUGAAUAAACACAAAGAACUCAGUGGCAAAUCAACAAAAAAAUAUAUUUUUUAUAGUUUUAGCUGAAUUGAGUAUAUUUUAUCGUAAUCGAUUAUGUUGACCUUUUUUUUCCAAUUUUUUUUUGUUCUGUUUUAAAAACAUCUACUGUAGUUAGUGAACGUAAACCGACUCCUGCCUUUUUUGUAGCUCAUGAAGCAAUAAACCCUGCCUCUUCUCUCCAUUUCCAUUCAUUUCCUGAUGUAACUGUUCGCAAUCCUUUUCCACCUAUGGAAGACGUUUGACUAAGUAAAACUCCCAUGAGCUCUUUCUAAAAUGCCAAAUAGUGUUUUGUGCCAAAAUACUCCUGGCUGGUUUAUAUAUAUUUUUUUUUUUGUUUGUUUUUUUUGGUAAAGCAAAAGGACUUAAAAAAAAAUUCAUGAUAUUUCUCUUUUAUAGAUCUCAUUUGAAUUCCUUCUUUUAAACCUAUUGUACACUGGAUGACAUGCACUAAUAUAUGCAGUCCUAACUGAAACGCAUGAGAACCAAUACGUUGGAUCUUCUUCUUUCCUUUUUUUUUUUUUAAGGAACGCUUGAUGAUUAUGAUGAUGGUAGUGGUGGUGGUGGUGGUGGUGGUGGUGGCGAUAUCCAUUUUAAGGCCUGUAGAACUUCCGUGGAGAAAUAAAAAAUCCCGAGAAAUAUGAGACGGAGAAUAUGACCACCGUGAAUUCUGGGAAAAUUGAUAUGGAACCUCUAUGCUGAGCUCCCUUUUCUAUGCCAUGCUGUGUAACUGCAAUCCAUUAGUUUUCUAUGUAUAUUGUAUUGUAUAUAAAAGUGUAUAUAACUCUGAUCUCUAAUUGUAUGAACACACACAUAAACACACACACACACACACACACACACACAACCAUUAUGAGUAGGGGUUCGAGUUGAGUUGGAGAAAUGGUGACUGUAAAGAACUUCCUAAGACAGCAAUCCACAAAUGUACAUACAAUUACACACACACACACACACACACACACACACACACACACACACACACACACACUCAGACACUUACACCUGGACUUGGAUCAUCAGUAGAUUUUAAUUGGAAGAGUCUCGGUAAAGAGGAACAGCGGAGUAGAUUUUUCUAAAUGGAAUGUGAACCGACUGCUUUAUUUUUUGGACUUUUGGAAUAAACAGAGGCUAAGAAAA